AUGGAGAUGGACGAGAUGGAAGACCGGCUUGUCACCACCCCGGAGCUGGUGGGCAGCAAUGGCUCGUCUUACCGACCCCGCGGCUAUCAGUUGGAGAUGCUUGAAGCGAGUCGACAGCAAAAUAUCAUCGUCGCAAUGGACACGGGAAGCGGAAAGACUCACAUAGCGGUUCUGCGGAUCAUCUUAGAAUUGGAACGAUGUGACCAAGAAAAGAUUGUGUGGUUUCUGGCUCCGACCGUGGCGCUAUGUCUCCAACAACACGAGAUCAUCGCCUCACAGAUCACAUCAGUGAAGACUCGAGUUCUCACUGGUCUCGACAACGUAGACCGCUGGACCGAGCAGGCAGUUUGGAAUACUGUGCUUAAAGGUAUCCGCGUUAUUGUGUCUACCCACGCUGUCCUCGCGGAUGCCCUCGGCCACGGCUUUGUGCGCAUGCCACAGUUAGCUCUCCUUAUUUUCGACGAGGCCCAUCACUGCAUGCGUCGGCAUGCGGCCAACAAAAUUAUGCAGAAGCACUACCAUCCGAGGCGGCUGAAAGUUGGCCCACAUGCCGUUCCUCGAAUCCUUGGAUUGACGGCGAGUCCGAUUGUCCGGUCUAGCAGUCAAGAGCUACACUUACUCGAAGCGAAUCUCGACGCGAUAUGCAAAACACCCCGUACCCAUCGGGCCGAGCUUCUUGAGCAUGUUCAUAGACCGCAUUUGGAGCGAAUAAACUAUGUGCCUUGCGAAUUGGAACGCAGAGGAAUUGGCAGUCGACUACUUCUCCCUUUGGUACAUUGCAUUCAGUCCUUUGACCUUAAUGAUGACCCGUACAUAGAGAUGCUUCGCGAAAAGCCGGAGACCCAAGAGAAGGCAGAAAGGGCGUUGAAUACCGGCAAGACAUAUUGCAGCGAGCAACUCGCCAAGUUUCUCGAGCGCAGCAACUCCAUCUAUGAAGAGCUUGGUGGCUGGGCAGCCGACUACUUUAUCGAAGCCUCGAUUGAUCAGCUGCGGAGAUCCAUUGAAAACGACACCUCAUUGACAAGACUUGACCGCGCCGAGCGAGACUUUCUCCUAGAGCUUCUCCUUGGAAUGGCCAUACCCGUGGACACAACCGAAAGCACACACUUGUCCCCGAAACUCGAGACCUUGCUCGCCUUUUUGGAAAAGAUGGAUGGCCCUGGAUUUUCUGGCUUGAUCUUUGUUAAACGGAGAGCCACCGUUAGCGUGCUGACCCGUAUUUUGUCGUUACAUCCUGCAACCAAAAACCGUUUCCGAUGUGCAUCCUAUGUCGGAUGGUCAAGCAUCAGUAAUCGCAAAGACUCACUGGGCGACCUUCUCAGUCGGGAUAUGCAAAGGGACACACUCUCCGAGUUCAGAGCUGGCCGGAAGAAUCUGAUUGUGGCGACUGAUGUAUUAGAAGAAGGCUUGGAUGUCAGCUCGUGCAGGUUAGUGAUCUGCUACGAUAAGCCAUCCAAUCUCAAGUCAUUCGUCCAGCGCCGUGGACGUGCUCGGCACCAGGAAUCGACAUAUGCUAUCAUGAUAUCCACCGAGGAUGAGUCGGUAGAUCUGCGCAAAUGGCAAGAAUUGGAACAUGUUAUGGUUGAAGCAUAUCAGGAUGAUCAGAGACGAUCUCGGGAAGCAUGGGAACUCGAGAGAGUUGAAGAGGUGGUUGCAGAUUAUCUGUUUGUGCCGUCAACCAAUGCACGCCUGUCUGCCGAGGACGCAAUGCAGCACUUACACCAUUUCUGUGCCGUGCUACCCAUUGAUCAAUAUGUUAAUAACCGUCCAAUGUUUUCAUUUGAAGAGGAUGCCAGUGGACUCGUCCGAGGCACUGUCACACUUCCCAACUCUGUUCAUCCAGCCGUACGCCGUACCCAAGGCAAGGCAUGGUGGCAAACAGAACGGGCAGCAAGGAAGGAGACGGCCUUCCAGGCAUACAAAGCGCUCUACGAGUAUGGUCUUCUAAAUGACAAUCUGUUGCCAUUGACUCGGAAGCCAGAGCUUCGAUUUGCCGAGGAAUCGGACUUACCGGCCAUUGUGGACGGGUCAGAGCAAUACGACCCUUACGUGGACUUGGCUCACGCUUGGUCAACGCCUCAGCUUCAGCUUUACAGGACCACUAUAACAGUGUCGAACCAAGAUACCGGAAGGAUGGACGAAGACCUGUCGAUGUCAAUUGUUCUGCCAAGAUCGACUGCCAUGCCGGAUCCUAUAAAUCUCUAUUGGGAGAGUGAUGUAACAUUGAUAGCAACAUUCACACGACCGGAGCCACUUGACGGAGCCACGAUUGACACGAUUCAGACCAUGAGAGAGAUCACUGCCAUCUAUCUUCAAGCUCCCAGUUCCCGCAUGCAACCGGCUACUCGAGACUAUGUGGCCCUUUUUGCUCCUAAAAUCCCCAGCGAGCAAUUGAAAGCCUGGCUGUGUCAGUACGAAGGGGCAGAACAAGCUUUGGAUGUGCACACUCGCGAUGCCUCGACAGCCCCCACGGGAAUCAUUCGCGACAGGGCUAAAUACAGUGAGCCUCGCCUGUUCAAAAAGUGGAUAAUUCCAGACGGCGACCCCAAACGUGCCUUGGAAGUCGAAUGCCGGUCUAUCCCACGACGACGCAACUUCUUGCAAAGUGGAAGUAUUCCGGUACCUGGCGAAGAUGGGGAGCCUGUAUCCAAGAUCUAUCAGAUGCCAGCGGUGGGAUGCACGAUUGACCGACUCCCCGCUUCCAAGGCCAUGUUUGGGCUUCUCAUCUCAGCUAUUUUGGAUAGAUUUGAAGCUACUUCAGUCGCGCACAGGCUAAAUGAGACCAUUCUCAGGGGUGUUGGGAUCCAAAACCUCAGUCAUGUUCUCACCGCCAUCACGACUCCCAUCGCACAGGCCAACACGCACUACCAGCUGUACGAAUUCUUCGGCGACUCUGUUCUGAAGUUCACUGUCAGCUGCCAGUUGUUCUUCGCACAGCCAACCUGGCAUGAAGGAUAUCUGUCCGAGAGUCGGGACAAGCUGAUCAAGAAUAAGCGACUUGCGCGCGCCGCUCUGGACACUGGUCUGGAUAGUUUCAUUCUCACUGAUCGCUUCACUCCUCGGAAGUGGGAUGCUCCUCGGAUUGGCCACAAAUCAACGUACACACCGAAGAAACGCAAGAUCUCAAUGAAGGUGUUGGCCGACGUGGUUGAAGCCUUAAUUGGGGCUGCAUACAUGGACGGCGGGAUGCACAAGGCGCAAGCUUGUCUGCACCGAUUUCUUCCAGAAAUCAACCACUUCACCAGCAACAUUUCAUCCAUGAUUGGACCCGCUGACCGAGGGACCAGCAAUCUCCUAGAGCCGCGUCAAGCUAUGACCCACCCGUCCUGCGAAUUUGACACGACGACGCAAUCCUACCAACGCAUUGAGUACCUCGGCGACGCCGUUCUAGACAUGGUAGUCGUGUCCGUGCUCGCUGCGCACCCCGACCAACUCUCACAGGGAACAAUGACCCUCAUCAAGCACGCAGUAGUGAACGCAAACCUACUCGCAUUCCUAUGCAUGGACCACGCAGUACCAGACGAAAGCACCGACGUGACCCAGACCCCAACCGGAAAUGUCGCCUUUGUCCCACGCCACGGCGAAAUUCACCUCUGGCGCUUCCUCCGCUUCCAUGGACCUGUGAUCAAGACCGCACGCGAUUCAUGCGUCGAGAGGUAUCAUUCCCUACGUGAUAGCAUCAGAUUCGCACUUGAACACGGCAAUCAUUACCCAUGGGAACUGUUCGCGUCUCUCCGAGCCGACAAAUUCAUCUCCGACAUCGUGGAGAGCACGCUAGGUGCAAUGUUCGUCGACUCGCGCGGGGACAUGGACCAGUGCUACGCAUUCGCUGAGAGGAUUGGACUCCUGGCAUACGUGCGGAGGGUGAUAUCCGACGGAGUCAAUGUGCAGCAUCCUCGGAACGCAGCGCAAAACAUAGUUAAGACGUCUGGGAAUCUGGUAUUUAAGACGAAGCGUGUUGAGAAGAAGGGUGUUGCGGCGACGUAUCGCAGUUCGGCUGUGAUCAACAAGGAGGAGAUUGGGUUGGUGGAGGGUUGUGCCUCGGCUGAAGAGGCUGAAGUGAAGGUUUCACUUCUUGUUAUUGAGAGGCUUAGCGCAAAGGAGGAUGCUAUGGAGUGA